AUGGUGCUUUUGCCGCAGGUCGUCGAAAGAAGAACUACAACUCCCAAGAGCCAUCGUUUUCUCUCUCGCGCGCUUGCGCCGUGUGAAGCCUCGCUGGGGGAGGAGGGGGAAGAAGAAGAAAAAGCCGCCGAAGCUCUGAGCAGGGCCGGGAAGUGGCCCUUCGACGGGCUGUGAUCCGGUCGGCGGCAAGAUGAGCGCCACCCGGGAGUCCCAACCCGAGCGCGGCCACGGCGUGAAGAGAGCGGCCUCCCCUGAUCUUGGAUCUAGCAGCUGGGAGGCAGCAGAUUUGGGUAAUGAAGAAAGAAAGCAGAAGUUCUUGAGACUGAUGGGUGCAGGAAAGAAAGAACACACCGGCCGUCUUGUUAUUGGAGACCACAGAUCAACUUCUCAUUUUAGAACAGGGGAAGAAGACAAGAAAAUGAAUGAUGAGCUAGAGACUCAGUUUCAGCAAAGCAUGGAUAGCACCAUGUCGGGACGGAACCGGCGGCACUGUGGACUUGGCUUCAGUGAGUUGGAUGAAGAUGAAGAAGAACAAGAGGAUACAAAAGACUCCCUGGAGCCAGAUAGCUCAGAGGACUCCGAAAGUGACUCUGACUCUGAGCAAGAAGAGGCUGCAGAAGAGCUACAAUCUACUGAAAAGCACAGCAAUGCCGAAGAUCCUCAAGCCAAGAAAGAUGCGAAAAGCAACUAUAAAAUGAUGUUUGUUAAAUCCAGUGGUACAUAACUACAAAUCAGCCUUUAAGUGAAGUAAGCCUUGUGGUUACAGUGCAAAGUAUUGGACUGCUUAUAGCACAGACCUUUCUAUUAUGGUUUUAAUAAGGCCCUUUAGAGAAAGAAUAGUGUUUGCAUUCCCAAUGCCAUGAAGCUAUUUUUAUCAGCAUGACUGUAUCCAUUUUGUUUUGUAAAGUAUGAAAAUAAAAUUGGGCAGGGGGUGAACUUAGUUCUCAACCCACUUCUGCAUUAUUA